GUAGUUAAAGAUGGCGGAGUCCGAGGAGCCGAAAAAACCCACCUGCACAUUUAUUUUUAAGAAAUCAAACAAGAAAUUUUCCGCACGGAAAAGAAACGCAAGCGAUAGCGACAAAGACAAAAGCAGCGGCGAUGAGGGCAGUGCUGUGGUCAGGAAGAAGAAAGCUGCUGCUGUGAACCCCAUGAUUCAGAAAACGAAGAAAGUGGAGAGGGAAGCUGUCUCAUCGAGUGAAAGUGAAGAAGAGAAAGAAGAAAAGAGCGUGACUGUCGCUUACAAGUCCACUCGCUCAGCGAAACCAGAGGGGCCGGAUGACAUGGGGGCCACUGCUGUCUAUGAGCUGGACACAGAGAGGGACAAAGAUGCUCAGGCCAUCUUUGAGCGCAGUCAGAAAAUUCAGGAGGAGCUGACUGGUAAAGAAGAUGAUAAGAUUUAUCGGGGAAUCAACAACUACCACAAAUUCAUUAAACCCAAAGAUUCCACCAUGGGCAAUGCCUCUUCUGGGAUGGUCCGGAAAGGCCCAAUCAGAGCACCUGAGCACCUCAGGGCCACAGUGCGGUGGGAUUACCAGCCUGACAUUUGUAAAGAUUAUAAAGAAACUGGUUUCUGUGGGUUUGGAGACAGCUGUAAGUUUUUGCAUGAUCGCUCGGACUAUAAGCACGGCUGGCAGAUUGAACGAGAGCUUGAAGAAGGAAGAUAUGGAGCAAACGAUGAUGAGAAUUACGAAGUGAGCAGCGAUGAUGAAGAUCUUCCCUUCAAGUGUUUCAUUUGUAGAGAGUCUUUUAAGAACCCCAUUAUAACAAAGUGCCGGCACUAUUUCUGUGAAGCCUGUGCCCUCCAGCACUACCGCAAGUCUAAGCGCUGCUAUGUUUGUAACCAGCAGACCAAUGGAGUCUUCAAUCCUGCCAAAGAGCUAAUGGCUAAGAUGCUGAAACGGCAGGCAGCAGAUGAUCAGCCUCCUUCAGAAGACGACGACUAGCACCUCACAGCCUCCCCUUCUCUUUUAUACUUUAAUCGCUCAGAAUCAGAGUUGUAAAUUUUCAAAAUCUUUGAAAUAAAUGUGUCGUUUGUAGACAGGUUUGUCAGAAAUCUUUUUAAAUGUCAGAAAUCUUAACAGGAUUCUAAAAACAGUAAAUCAUUUACUAGUCAUUUAAUAUCACACAAAGCAUAUCUAUAUUACUAUAACGUGUAACCAUGUCUUUAAUGUUUUUUUAACUUAGUAUUUUCAAGACAAUAUUGUACAUUACGUUUUUUUUAAAUGCUCUAAAAUUUAAAAUUUAGUCAGCAUUUACUCAUCCUACAUCCCUCAUCCCAGCAUUUACUUGAGUUUUUUUUUUCAACAGAAAAAAGAACUCAAGCUGUAUUGAAUCAAGUAAAGGAUGAGUAAAUGACAGACUUUUCAUUUUUGGGUGAACUACACCUUUAAUGCAAAUCUCGUUGGAUGGCAGCACAAGUAAAGUUAACUUAUAUCAGUUUAUUUUUUUAACACCAUAAAGGGCUGACAUAUUGUAAUUUUUUUUGCUGUAUUUGGCCUUCAUUGUAAGUCUAAUAAGUGUAUUAUUGAACAGAGUCGACAUAAAGCCACUGUGAACAUUA